GCCACCGUCGCCCCGGUCCCUUCCGAGUCGUUUUCCUGUCCGGCACUUCCGCUCUGCAGCCUGUGGUAAGAACACAUGGUCUCGGCAGAGUCCGGCUGUUGCUGGAACGACGCGUAAAAAAACAGACAGGUAGUUGAUGUGUGCGGGCUGGGCGCUUGUGCAACGGGAACCUCGUGGUAUGGUCUGAGGAAGCUGAAGGUAGCAGAUCCUACCAUCCACGGCGCUUGCCGCGUGCUGACUGUCAACGCACACAUCGUUGUGGAGGAGCCUCGUGUGCACUUUCCGCCAUGGCACAACUCCAGGCACGUUUCUACACCGAGAACAAGAACUAUGCCGUAGAUGAUGUUCCUUUCUCAAUCCCCGCUGCCUCUGAAGUUGCUGACCUUAGUAACAUCAUCAAUAAAUUGCUGGGGACCAAAAAUGAGCUCCACAAACACGUCGAGUUCGAUUUCCUUAUCAAGGGCCAGUUUCUUCGAAUGCCCUUGGUCAAACACAUGGAACUGGAAAAUAUUUCAUCGGAAGAGGUUGUGGAACUAGAAUAUGUGGAAAAAUACACUGCACCCCAGCCAGAGCAAUGUAUGUUCCAUGAUGACUGGAUAAGCUCAAUUGAAGGGACAGAAGAAUGGAUCCUGUCUGGUUCUUACGAUAAAACCUCUCGGAUCUGGUCCUUGGAAGGAAAGUCAAUAAUGACAAUUGUGGGACACACAGAUGUUGUGAAAGAUGUGGCCUGGGUGAAAACAGACAGUUUGUCCUGCUUGCUACUGAGUGCCUCAAUGGAUCAGACGAUUCUUUUAUGGGAAUGGAAUGUGGAGAAGAACAAAGUGAAAGCCCUACACUGCUGCAGAGGUCAUGCUGGGAGUGUGGACUCCAUAGCAGUCAACAGCUCUGGAACCAAAUUUUGCAGUGGCUCCUGGGAUAAGAUGCUAAAGAUCUGGUCUACAGUUCCUACAGAUGAAGAAGAUGAAAUAGAAGAAUCCACAAAUCGGCCAAGAAAGAAGCAGAAAACAGAGCAAUUGGGACUAACAAGGACUCCCCUGGUGACCCUCUCUGGCCACACAGAAGCGAUUUCCUCGGUGCUGUGGUCAGACACUGAAGAAGUCUGCAGUGCAUCUUGGGAUCACACAAUUAGAGUGUGGGAUGUUGAGUCUGGGGGCCUGAAGUCAACUUUGACAGGAAAUAAAGUGUUUAAUUGUAUUUCCUAUUCUCCCCUUUGUAAACGUUUGGCCUCUGGAAGCACAGAUAGGCAUAUUAGACUGUGGGAUCCCCGAACUAAAGAUGGUUCUUUGGUGUCGCUGUCCCUCACCUCACACACAGGCUGGGUCACAGCAGUGAAGUGGUCUCCUACCCACGAACAGCAGCUGAUUUCAGGCUCUCUGGAUAACAUUGUCAAGCUGUGGGACACAAGAAGUUGUAAGGCUCCUCUCUAUGAUCUGGCUGCUCAUGAAGACAAAGUUCUAAGUGUGGACUGGACAGACACAGGGCUACUUCUGAGUGGAGGAGCAGACAACAAAUUGUAUUCCUACAGAUAUUCACCUACUACUUCCCAUGUAGGGGCUUGAACAUGAAUGAUUGUUCAAAAAUA